AUGAUGCACUGCCCGGGAUUGAAGGUUUCGCACGUGAUAUUUGUGAUCGUCAUACUGCUAACGAUAGUGUUCUAUUCGUCGCUCAAUGGCCGGCAUUUUAUACUCGAGCCGCGCCGUUAUGCAAACCACCGCAAGAACGAUCCUAGCCCCCUGCCGAAUCGAACACUGGCGGCUACGGCCGCUGACAAGGCGUUACCACCGGGUCUCGAACCCCCAAAGUGCAAUAUGUUACUGAUGGUCGUGCAAGGCUGCGGCGGUAACAUGCUUACCAACACGCUCGAUCGCGCGCAGCAGCAGGAAAGGAAUCAAACGCAGCUUCAACACACACAACAACAACAGCAGCAGCAGCAGCACGAUCAAUCGGAGCAGGAAACAGCUCCCGAGCAGGUGAACAACAUCCAGCGAAUACCAAAUCCUUCCGCGGUGAAGAUGUCGGCCGCGGUUCAAGGAUCCUCCUCUUCCUCGUCCUCGCUGGCACCGGCACCGCAACCGACAGCACCGGAAGCGGACGGUGAGAAGGUGAUCAAAACACGCGACCUAUACCAUUCCGGCCAUCUGCCGGACAGUGCGUGUGUAGCAAAUCUCUGCCCACGAAACGGUACCGACGUGACGCUGCUGAUACUCGUCACGUCCGCGCCAACGCACCGGGAACAGCGGCUUGCCAUACGGCAGUCCUGGGGCCACUACGGCAGUCGGCGUGACAUUUCGAUCGGGUUCAUCGUGGGCCAAACGGAUGACGCACGCAUCGAGGAUCAGCUCGCGGCCGAAAGUUACAUGUACAGUGAUCUGAUACGGGGCAACUUUAUUGACAGCUACCGCAACCUAACGCUCAAAACCAUUUCGCUGCUCGAAUGGACGAAGCUGCACUGUCCGAACGCGUCCUUUCUGCUGAAAACGGACGACGAUAUGUUCAUUAAUGUGCCGAAGCUGUUGCAGUUCAUGGAAGCGCACGGUAACCAGCGGCGUACGAUUUUCGGCCGGUUGGCAAAAAAGUGGAAACCGAUACGUAACAAAAAGUCUAAAUACUACGUCAGCCCGGAACAGUACUAUCCACCCGUAUUUCCACCAUUCACCACUGGGCCGGCGUAUCUGCUGACUGCGGACAUCAUCAAUGAAAUGUUCGACAAAUCGCUCAGCCAAACGUACCUCAAGCUAGAGGACGUCUACACGACCGGCAUUGUCGCGCAGUUGCUAAACAUUCAUCGGAUCAACGUGAAGGAAUUUCUCAACCGCCGGAUAGCGUUCAACCAAUGCAACAUCAAGAAGGCGAUCAGUAUCCACAUGGUCAAGAACAACGAACAGCUUGACCUAUGGAAGAAGCAGGUGGACACCAGCGUGUCAUGCACGUAG